AUGUUCUCCUGGGGGAUGAGCUGCCUGUCAGUGCUGGGUGCUGCGGGCACCGCUCUCCUGUGUGUGGGCCUGCUACUCAGCCUGGCCCAGCACCUCUGGACGCUCCGCUGGACUCUGAGCAGAGACCGGGCUUCCGCCCUGCCUCUUCCCAAGGGCUCUAUGGGCUGGCCCUUCUUCGGAGAAACACUGCACUGGUUAGUUCAGGGUUCUCGCUUCCACAGUUCCCGAAGGGAGCGCUAUGGGACAGUAUUCAAGACGCACCUGCUGGGCCGGCCAGUGAUCCGCGUGAGUGGCGCGGAGAACGUGCGCACCAUCCUGCUGGGCGAACACCGCCUGGUGCGCAGCCAGUGGCCGCAGAGUGCGCAUAUUCUGCUGGGCUCUCACACGCUGCUGGGAGCGGUGGGCGAACCGCACCGGCAGCGGCGCAGGGUCCUGGCCCGCGCGUUCAGCCGCACCGCGCUGGAGCGCUACGUGCCGCGCCUGCAGUGGGCGCUGCGGCGCGAGGUGCGCUCCUGGUGCGCGGCCCCCGGACCGGUGUCCGUCUACGAAGCGGCCAAAGCGCUCACCUUCCGAAUGGCCGCGCUCAUCUUUCUGGGGCUGCGGCUGGAAGAGGCUCAGUGCGCGGAGCUGACCCGGACCUUCGAGCAGCUGGUGGAGAAUCUGUUCUCGCUGCCACUGGACGUGCCUUUUAGCGGUCUGCGUAAGGGCAUCCGGGCCCGAGAUCGGCUUCAUCAGCACCUGGAAGAGGCCAUUGUAGAGAAGCUUCACAGAGACAAGGCAGCUGAGCCAGGGGACGCUCUAGACAUGAUCAUCCACAGCACGAGGGAACUGGGCCAUGAGCUCUCAGUCCAGGAGCUGAAGGAGUCGGCGGUGGAACUCCUCUUUGCAGCUUUCUUCACUACAGCCAGUGCCAGCACCUCUCUCGUCCUGCUGCUGCUGCAGCACCCCGCCGUGGUCUCCAAGAUCCGACAGGAGCUGGCGGCUCUGGGGCUGGGGCGCUCCUGUGGCUGUGUCCUUGGGGCCUCUGGGGGUGCAGCGGUGGGGCCCCGGCCAGACUGUGGCUGCAAGCCUGACCUCAGCCUCGCCACGCUGGGCCGUCUCCGCUAUGUGGACUGCGUGGUCAAGGAGGUGCUGCGCCUCCUGCCACCCGUGUCCGGGGGCUACCGCACAGCUCUGCGCACCUUCGAGCUCGAUGGCUACCAGAUCCCCAAGGGUUGGAGCGUGAUGUAUAGCAUCCGGGACACCCACGAGACGGCGGCCGUGUACCGCAGUCCGCCAGAGGGCUUUGACCCGGAGCGCUUCGGCCCCGCAGGCGAAGAUGCGCGGGGCUCCGCCGGCCGCUUCCACUACAUCCCUUUCGGGGGCGGUGCGCGCAGCUGUCUCGGCCAGGAACUGGCGCAGGCGGUGCUGCAGCUGCUCGCGGUGGAGUUGGUGCGCACGGCGAGCUGGGAACUGGCCACGCCCGCCUUCCCCGCCUUGCAGACGGUGCCCAUCGUGCACCCAGUGGACGGGCUGCAGCUCUGGUUCCACCCGCUAGCGCCUGCCGCAGCGCGGGAAGAGCCACUCCUCUAA